UUUCUCACAUUUAACAAAAGGGCAUUUGUAAUCGAAUGUAAUUCACACUCACUGGUGUCAUUAUUAUUACCGUGAAACUGAUAGGGUCAAUCUUGUCAUCUUUUUUUGUUGCACAUUUAGUUCACUGGUGUUGCCAUGGUGAUUUGUGUCGACUAAACAAAAGGCGAGUGAAGAAGGUGACCUUUGAAUGAUGAUAUUUGCACCUGUUUUGUGAUACACAAGACCUAGAAGAGGCAUGUAUAAAGUGGAUUUGCCGGUGGACAACUCCGCGGAUGUGGCAGUGGAACGCCGACGGGCCGCAGAGGCUGCGCGCCAGGCUCGCAUUUUCAACACCAGACACCGAGUGAUGGGUCUGGAUCUCAAAGCACUGGAGCAACAGGUGGCGGAGAACAAAGAACGGGAGGAGAUGGCGGGUCAGCGAGAGAGGGCUUUCGACAUGUUGAGAGUGACUCAAGAUGAAGUGUUGAUGAAACAGCAGCAGGAGGAAGAGGAGAGGAGAGCAGAGUUAAACAGAGACCUCAUCCAGUACCGGGCCAUCCGACAGCGGGCAGAAGACACCCGGGAUGCUGAUCUCAAUGUUCACCUGCAGGGGGCGCUCGGGUUGUCCAUUCCCAUCCCAGAGUCUGAGCUGGGACCUGCCAGUAUGCAAGUGUUCCAGGGAGAAGGCAUUGGGAACAAUGACAAGAGGAGAGCUCAGAUGGAGCAGACAGAGAGAGCACUACGAGCACAGAGAGAACAGAGUGAGAAACUACAGAAGGAGAAUAAACUCAAAGAGCUACUGAAAGGCAAGGAGCUGGUACAGCAGGACCUGCGGGCUGUUCAGUUAGACGCUCUGGAAGAAGAGUGUAAGAGGGCUGGCCGCAUCGCUCUCAACAACUACAACCAUGCUCAGGCUGCGGAGUGUGUCGAGAAAGAGAGGAAGGAGCGCAUGAGGAAGGAGGGCAAGGAGAUGGCGGAGGUGUGGCACAUGGUGACAUCAGACAUCCUAACGGAAUGUCCCAAGGCUGCAGAGAGACAAGUAGACGGAGGACCAGUGGGCGGGCCCAGGGUGCUGACGGACAGGUGGAGGGGGAUGAGCCCCGUUCAGCUGAGCGCUAUCCGCAGGCAGAGAGAGGAACAGCGCCUGGAGGGAAAGAGGCUGAGGGAGAUUGAGAGGCAGAGAGAAGCUGCCUGGGACUUCCAGCGCAUGGUGCAGACCCGAGAGGAUGACGAGGAGGAGAGGAAAGCGAUGGAGCUGAAGAAGGAGAAGAGGAUGGAGAUGGACCGAUACAAUGAACAGCUGGCUAGAGAGCAGCGCGAACAUCAGCAGUUCCUGUCCAAGACGCUGUACACCAACAGACCCACGGCCCAGUACUUUACUCAGUUCAGCAGCAGCUCACGCUGAGAUGACCAACACAAACUCACCGCACAAUACUGGAUCUCAGAUUUAGACGAUGUGCACAACACAACAAGCAAAUAAAGUUGAUGAUAUAGUCAUACUUUA